GCAGUUUUCUUCCUCUCUCUUACUGAAUCUAACCUUAAACUGAAAGUAACCUCAAACUUACGAACACGAAGACGAAUCACAAUUUAAAUAAUUCAUUAGGCGAUUAAGAAACGAAAUGGCUAAACGGUCCCAACCGUCAUGGAGCGUUGGGGACACAGAACCUCCUCCUGUUCUUAAGCUGUACAAUAGUUUAACCAGACAGAAAGAAGUGUUUGUACCUCAGAAAGGACGUAAAGUUAUGUGGUACAGUUGUGGUCCCACAGUUUAUGAUGCAUCUCACAUGGGUCAUGCAAGGUCAUAUAUUUCAUUUGACAUCCUUCGUCGAGUUCUCUCUGACUAUUUUGGCUACGAUGUCACUUAUGUAAUGAACAUCACAGAUAUCGAUGACAAGAUCAUCAAAAGAGCUCGACAGCGCCACUUGUAUUCACAGUACGCGGCAGAGCCUCGAGACAUGUCACAAGCUCUGUCAGACACUAGGAGUGCCAUGAGUCUGGUUGUAGAAAAAGCUACGAAAACCACAGAUCCAGACCAGAAGGAGAUGUUGCACAAUCUGUCUCUGAGAGUAACUGAGGCCGUCGAAGGAAUGGAGAAGGCAAUCAAAAGCAACGAUGAGAAACAGAUCAAAGAUGCUGAGAAGGUUUUAAUGGAGGCUAGUCGAGACCCUGUGUCUGAUUGGCUGGACAAGCAGUUCGGACACACAAUUACAGACAAUGACAUCUUCGUCAGUCUACCUCGCCAUUGGGAGGCUGAAUACCACAAGGACAUGGAUGCACUUAAUGUUAUGAGACCCAAUGUACUCACUCGAGUAAGUGAAUAUGUGCCAGAAAUAGUUUCAUAUAUUGAGAAGAUAAUAGAGAAUGGACUGGCGUACGAGUCCAACGGUUCUGUCUACUUUGACGUGAAGACAUUUGAUGCCAGAUCCAACCACUUCUACGCCAAACUUGUCCCAGAGGCUUACGGAGACCAGGAAUCUCUUCAGUCUGGGGAAGGAGACCUAGGGCCUGGAGAUGCAGAGAAGCGGUCACCCACAGACUUUGCUCUAUGGAAGAAGUCCAAGCCGGGGGAGCCAUGGUGGGAGUCGCCGUGGGGCCGAGGACGGCCAGGGUGGCACAUAGAGUGUUCAGCCAUGGCCUCGGCUGUCUGCGGCCCGGUGCUCGAC